CAUGUUUUCACAGGUAAAAGAAGAUACAACAUUAAACUAUGGAAAACUUUCACAGACUGUUUUAACUGUUUACCGAUAGCAGCCAUCGUGGAUGAGAAAAUAUUCUGCUGUCAUGGAGGUUUGUCGCCAGAUCUUCAAUCUAUGGAGCAGAUUAGGCGAAUUAUGCGACCAACUGACGUGCCAGAUCAAGGUCUUCUUUGUGAUCUUUUGUGGUCUGACCCCGAUAAAGAUGUCUUAGGCUGGGGUGAAAAUGACAGAGGAGUGUCCUUCACAUUUGGUGCAGAAGUGGUUGCAAAAUUUCUCCAUAAGCAUGAUUUGGAUCUUAUAUGUAGAGCCCAUCAGGUGGUUGAAGAUGGAUAUGAAUUUUUUGCAAAGAGGCAGUUGGUCACUCUGUUUUCUGCACCCAAUUAUUGUGGAGAGUUUGACAAUGCAGGUGCCAUGAUGAGCGUGGACGAAACGCUAAUGUGUUCCUUUCAGAUUUUAAAACCUGCAGAGAAAAAGAAGCCGAAUGCCACAAGACCCGUCACACCUCCAAGGGUUGGAUCAGGCCUGAACUCGUCCAUUCAGAAAGCUUCAAAUUAUAGAAACAAUACUGUUCUAUACGAGUGACCGAUUAUGCUUUCUUUGGCCUACACUCUUUAUUCUACGGUGAAGUUGAGGCUUAUAAGUCAAAACAAAGGAACUAACUUGCUGUCCACCAGUUUAUACAGAACUCACAGUAUCUAUGACUUUUUUAAACUAAGAUCUGUUCAAAAGAAAUCUGUUUCAACAGAUGACCGUGUACAAUACCAUGUGGUGAAAAUGAAUUCAAACUUAUUAAAUGACAAACUUGUUAAAUCUUCUCAGUGUCUGUUUAUCAGCACAAUACACACAGGAGAACUGUUGAUGGCAUAUUGAAUAGAUUUUAAUGAAUAAAUUGCUCUGGAAACCCCA